CAAACACUGCCAUAGAACCUCACGAUCAACAGAGUCGAAUGCCGCCUUAAGGUCGAGAAAUACUACCAUUGUGGGGCGUCUGAAUGUGUGUCUGUGUUCUAGAACCUGACGUAGUGUGAAUAUCUGAUCUAUACAACCAUGUCCAGGUCGAACACCAGCCUGGUUUUCUCUAAUCUGCUCUUCAUGAGCUUUAGUUAGGCGUCGAAGUAUUGUUGAGGCUAAUAUUUUAGACACUAUAUUAGUCAAACUGAUUCCUCUGUGAUUGUCGCAAGAGGACUUUUGUCCUUUCUUAUAGACUGGCACAAUCAGUGAUUGAGACCAGUCAGAUGGGAUUACGUCCAGUUCCCAAAUUCUACCUAAGACCUCGGUUAAUCUCAUUGCUAAUACUGGACCACCAUCCUUAAAAAUCUCAGGAGUAAACCUGUCAGAGCCUGCUGCUCUCCCUCGUUUCAGAUUUCCUAUGGCUUUUUCAACUUCACCGAACAGGAACAUUGUGGCUCGACAUGAAAUACAGGAAUUUGUGCUUGGUUUAAUGUUAACAGUUUGUUUACCAGGUACAGAUACCUGUAUCUGGAUUUAAGGCACACUCUAAGUAUGUGAACUAGAAAUACUGCCCUGUUUUUCAAGCCUAAUUAUGUUGAAUGGAGUUCAAACCUGAGAUUGGAAGUCGAAUGCUUUGACCACUAAGCCAUAGAUUGGUUUCUAAGCUGGAAUAAUAAUAACUAAUUAAUUACUGACACCUCAAGGUUAGUAUUAAUUAGAGUUGCUUUUUUGAGUCAACUCAGUUCUAUUUCUUCGUGUACGUAGUUUGUCUCGAGGUAUUCAAUAUGCUUGAUUUGUAUCAAAUAAAUAAGUAAUAAACAUUUGCUAACAAUUUCCUUGUUUUCUCAUUUAUUUGGUCCGUAUUCUGCUCAGACUCACUAUAUAUAUAUAUAUAUCAUGUCCUUACAGUUCCAUAAAUUAUUCAAGUUGGUGAUAUUUCUAAUUAUGAUUUGAAGGGGAUGUGUCGUCUUAUUCACAUUUUAUAUAGCGUUUGUCUAAUUACUAUUCUUAAAAAAGUAUCUGCCACUAAAUUUUGUUGGGUUGUUUCAUUAUGUAUGUCUGUCACUAUCAGCAUGUUACUUGUAUGUAAUAUCAUUUAGUUAUGAUUUCCUAUGGUGAUAAUUUCUAUUUAGAAUUUUGAUACUAAAGCUGUGCUAAUUAACUUAUUGUUGCGCAACUAUUUGCAUUAUCAAUUGCAUGAACAAGCACAUAAGCUUGUCUCACGUGUAGUAUUCCCAGAAAGUGCGCCAAAUAACGAAUGGGCUAGAUAUUUGUAUUAUUUAGGUAAGUUAAUCAUCCUAAUGUUUAUGUGCUUUUUGUCUGAGUUAUUAUUUUACAUUGUAUAAUGUUACUAUAAAUCUUUAUUUAGUUGCUAAUCAGGGUUCUUUUAACCUGUUUGUUUUACUUAACUAAUACUGCUUUACUUAUUGAAAAAGUAAAGUGUUUGUCUUACAGAGAACCUUGGACAGUUUGAACUUCUGUGACUUCGAAUACUUGUUUGCUUAUAGCUUUUAUUGCCAUGAAAUUUACCCCUCUUGUUUUUCCUUUACACUAAGAAGGCUUAACGUUGUUAUCUCCAGGAUUUUACUCCUACAAAUUCAACAGUUGUCAUAUGUGCUCAAGAUUAUAUUGUCUAGCUGUCAACCAUUGUGCUGAUUCCAUAUGAUCUACUGUAAUCAUACCGACUUAAAGUUGUGAAUAGUAUUUCCACAUAUUGUUGUUUUGUGAAUACUCUCUCAUUAAAUUCUAGUCUUAUUGGAUCUAAUGUUGCACUCUCCUGUUGUUAAAUGCCAUACCAUUAGUAUUCAACUAAAUUCUGAUAAAUAAUUUUACAAAUCACAUUUUCAUCGAGAACAAAAAUAGUUUCUAAUAACAACUGAGUGGUAUAUCAAUUGUUUCUUCUAUAGCCAUAGAGAAGAUUUGUUUACGUAACCUAAAAGGAUUAGCUAUCUCAGAUAAUACCCUCAAGGUAUUUUACAUGUAAGUUGUAUGCUGCUACUAGGGUGCAUAAAGUUGAGUGUGUUUAAACUUGUGACCUGUUGACUGAAAGCGAAGUACUUUAACUACUAAGCCAACGUGUACUAAACUACGUCAAUCCCAAUCGAAAGAUGCUCAUGUGCUUAAAACAUGCUCAGUAUUUAAUAACCAUCUUCUCACUACGUGUAUAGAUAUCUUAUUGUUGAUGCUUAUCGUAUAAAAAGUCGGUAAAUCUUUUUAAGAAAAUAUCUGAUGAAUUUUUUUGUUAUACAUACUAGGAAAUGUAGUCACUUCAGUAUAUAUGUCCAUUUUACUAGGUAGAAUCAAGGCAAUACAAUUAGACUAUUCAUCAGCUCAUGAACAUCUGGUUUCUGCUUUGCGUAAAGCUCCUCAACACACAGCCAUUGGUUUUAAGCAAACCUUGCACAAAUUAAAUACAGUUGUAGAAUUAUUACUAGGUGAACAGCCAGAUCGUUCUAUAUUUCGUCAAACGACAUUUAAAGCUGCUCUACAACCAUAUUUCCAGCUGACUCAAGCAAUUCAUGCAGGAGAUUUAUCUCGAUUUAACGAUACCCUUCGAGUUCAUGGAGCUCAGUUUUCAGCUGACAAAAUGUAUACACUAAUUAUUCGAUUACGUCAUAAUGUCAUUAAAACCGGUGUUCGACGAAUAUCCUUAAGUUAUUCUAGAAUUUCUCUAGUAGAUAUCGCCAAAAAACUCCAAUUGGAUAGUGUCGAAGACGCAGAAUACAUAGUUGCAAAGAAUCACAUUAUAUCAGAACUAGAACUCACUACCCAGAAUAGAGGACCAUAGUAACACUGGAGAAUAUUUUAUUCAAUACAAUUACAAUUAGUCACUCUCGGUGAGUCCAGAGUAGAAAUCAAUGUCAGGAAGGGAAAUCACAUAUUUAAUAGUCAGUAGUCUGUGUCUGUUUAUCCGCAAUCAAUGAUCGGCCAUAUUUUACUUCCACUACCACACUUCACUUAUUAUCAUGGUUAUUACAAUCAACUGUCUCAAUCAAUCUUGUUUCUUUUUUCAAAACAAAAUUAUUCCGAUAGGCUAUUCAUGAUGGUGUGAUUGAUGCUAUAAUUAAUCAUAAAGAAGGUCAUGUAACUACAAAUGAAACGUUAGAUUUAUAUUCAACACGUGAACCUUUUAAUCAAUUUCACCAACGUAUUAAAUUUUGCCUCAGCAUACAUAAUCAAGCGGUCAAAGCAAUGCGUUAUCCCCCGAAACAAUACUCUAAAGAUAUUGAAUCUGCUGAAGAACGUCGUGAACGUGAACAACAAGAGCUUGAAAAUGCGAAGGAACUAUCUGAAGAUGAAUUUGACGGAUUCCCAUGAAUCUCAUUCAUGUUGGCAUUAAUAAUAAAUGACAAUGAAUAAUACUUAUUCCCUAACACGAUCCAUUUUUUAAGACUCAAUUGUUUUGUAUUGAAUACUUUUUGUGAUAUAUAUAUAUAUAUAUAUAUAUAUAUAUAUAUAUAUAUAUAUAUAUAUGUCCAGUAAUCUUGUAGCAUACCAUGUUACCGUUGAAAAAUUUGUCUGGAAUUAGUGUUUUUUUUGUUGUUGUUAAUUGUAGUUUAUUAAUCGAGAGGAGAGUAACCUACUCGUAAAUGUCUUGUUUAGUACAAAUAAGAUAUAUUACAGUUAUAUUGUACAAGAUAUUGUCAUCAAUGACUACAAUAAUAAUGGUCGAUUAACCGGUUGCUGUGUUUAUGAAUUGAAGUAAACAUUAUUAUAAUGCAUACAAAACGAAGUGACGAUAUUGUAAAUAAAUAGGAGUAGAUUCCAUAGAAAUAAUAAUGGAAAGUAGUAUUGUACAUAACGCCAAUGACAACCGUUCAUUUAAAGUGCUCAACACAAUAGGAAACUACAGUAGGAUUAUCGCUGGGUUUUAUCCAAAGGGUCCUAACUAUCCUACGCACGCUAAUCAUACAAGACUAUACUUCAUUCCACGACACAGCCGUAAAUCCACCGCUUCAACGUCGACAAUUAGAAAGCCAUUAGACCAUUCAUAAAACGUGACUGUGUCACGUUGUAAAUGAUAUUUUAAGAUGACCACUUAUUGUGCGACUCAGUUAUCACAGUGUUGCCUGCAUAUACGAGCGUUCCACUUUCUAAUUUAAGAUUAAUCGAACGUAUGAAGCUGCCGAACAUCGCUUGUUCGUAGCGGCCAAGUUGUACAAACGUUGGUAAUGUUAGCAGCAAAAUCGGUAGUAGAAUAAGGAUUAUCAUCGUUUUACUCAAUAAAUUCUCUAUAUUAACUGUAAAAAAAGAUUUCGUUCAUUAUAAUGGCUACCAUUAAUCCUAUUCGAUGCGA